GUUGGGGAGCUUCGGAAAUUGACGAUAGAAAUGAAGAUUCGAAUAUCACUCAUAGAGAUUACGAUGGUGAUUUCUUACAGAGCAGCGAAAAAGUCGAGAGGAUUGGAUACAAAAUGAGGGUCCUUCCAUUCAUCUGUCUGCUAAUCGGGUGCUGCCUCGCUGCCCCGAGCGACUCCAACGAGCACAAAGCCCCUGAAACCUUUGUCUUCAAUAACUUCAUCAAAGAAGAGAACGUCAUCUACACUGCAAAGCAUGAUAUUGUCAGAAUCUUCGCGCCCAUCAACCAGUUCCCCAAACACGACUUCUGGUCAGACUUCGUUGAUGUUAAAGACAGCAGCGAGGAGGAACCUGAGAAGCCACGUCAACUCUUCAUCGUCGAAGCUGAUAUCGACAACGGUAAAGUAACAGAACAAGGAUUGUACUUCUACAACAACGGUACUGUCACUAAACUCCUCGACAACGGCAGAGACGCUAUCGCGAACAACGAUAACGAAAUCUACUUCGGAGCUAGCGAUGGUAUCUACAAGUACAACCAAGCUGCCAACAAGGCUGAGAAACAUGGCUCCGUCACUGACAACAUUAUUCAACUAGCUUUCUUCAACUUCACAAAUACCAUUUACUACGUAACAGCAAACCAUGAAGUCUUCAAGCUUAACACUGAAGCUACGGCUAGCGAGAAAGUAGCUACACUCAAAGACGUGCAAUCUUUAGUCUUUGGUUACGACAGAAAAGCUUAUUUCUACGACUCCAAGAAGGAUGUGUACGUUUAUGACGAGGAAAACAACGUUGCACCUAAAAAAAUCGAAGGUUUACCUGAAAACAUUGAUAAAAUCUCGCUGUCUUCUCCUUUGUUAGGAAUGGAAGAAGGCGCAAACUUACUUGUUGAUGGUGUUUUAUACUUGAUCAAACCUGAUGGGUCCUCCAGCAUCACUAAAACUAGAGUGACAGGCAAGCCUACUGCCUACGAGCCUAAGCCAACCUGCCAUCAAUUUUAUGCUGAGAACAAGAAACUGUAUGAAAUUGACACCAUGGCUAUGUUGAUGCAACUGGGCGCCGCCGCUGAAGGUCAUCAUCAUCAUUCAUAAGUACCAAAUGAAGAUCCUACAAUUUUCACUCUGCCUCCUAGCAGUCCUAGUGGGUACUAUCACGGCUAGUAUUCAUGAUAUCGUGGUCACAGAAAACUUCUUCAAAGAUGAAUACAUCGUCUACACUAGCCAACACGACAUCGUCAAAAUAUACGUCCCCUUCAAUAAAAACAACUUCAAUGAUGAUGGCCCAGAGUCACUGUUUUUUGUAGAAGCUGAUAUUAAUAACAAUGAAUAUACGUAUAAAGGAUUAUACGUUUUCAAAGACCAUAAAGCCACAAAAGUACUAGACGAAGCUAGAGAUGCUGUAGCUACUAGUGAAAAUGUAGUUUAUUUUGGAGCUAAAGAUGGUAUUUACAAAUAUAACAAGGCUGAUAAUAGUGCUGUAAAACAUGGCACUGUUAAUGACAAUAUUAUUCAACUAGCACACAACAAAGUGACGAAUUCCGUUUAUUAUUUAACUGCAAAUCAUGAAGUGUUCAAACUAAAUAAUGAAGCUACAAGCAGUGUUAAAAUAGAACAAGCAAAAGAUGUACAAGCUUUCGAAUUCGGUUUUGAAGGAAACAUGUAUUACUUUGAUUCUAAAAAUAAUGUUUAUGUAUUUAAUGAUAGAGAUAACUCUGAACCUAAGAAAGUUGUAGGUUUGCCGUCUCAAGGCAAACUCAGGAUGAUUGCACCCUUAAACGGGAUGGAACAAGGUUCAGUUAUACUUGUAGAUAAGACAAUAUAUGUUAUCAAGCCAGAUGCUACUGUUACUAGAGAACUCAGACCGCAAUUCAAAGUCAGUUUGGAUGUAGAAUUAACUGCCUUCGGGCCACAAGCAACUAUGCUACAAUUGUACGGUAAAAACAAGAAACUGUAUGAAUUUAAUAUGUUUACUAUUGUGAAGAAGUAUCCGGAAUAUUUUAAUUGAAAUAGGUUUUAUACGAGUUUGUAAAUCUUUUUGUAAAGCGAUUGCAAUAUCUGUUAUUAUAAUCGGCGAAUAAAACUUAAAUAUUACAGACAUAAAGUGAAA